UAUAAAAUUAUAAAGAAGACAUAAACUGUAAACAAAAUAAAAACUUAAUUGAAUGCAACCUACAAAUUUUAUCGGAGCAAUAAAAUUACUGUUAUACAUUUCGACGCUUAAGUCACUCCAGGGCAGUUACUCCAGAAUCAUAAUGGGGCCAAAAUCUCUAACUCUUUUGGUAGUCCUUUGUAAUACCGUUUACAUCCAAUGCUUUCCUCAUCAUCUUCAUCCCCAUAACGAUGCUGGCGUGGAAGAUGACUUAUCUGAUGUGAGAUAUGUCAACGACAACUUCGCAAUUGAAGAUGCUGUGGAUGAUAACGUUUAUGGUUUUAGAGACCCCGUAGCCCUGAGAGCCACUGGUCUUAGCGGAGUUGUAACUAGUCUCGGACAAAUAGCCAAUGGUGUAGCUGAUGCUUUUGGUCAAGGUGCGUUGGCUGUUAUUGGUGAUAGUCGAGAUCCACCACAAGUCAUUAUACAUCAACAACCAGCAAAUCCUGUAGUGGUGCAGGGAAAUCCUGUUUAUCUACCAGGACAAGUACAAGUACUACCGGGACAAGUGCAAGUACAAGGACCAUAUGUACCGGGACAAGUACAAGGACGAUUUGUACCGGGAUGCAACACGUGUGGUAUCAUUGGAUGAUAAAUACUUCUAAUAAAGUAAUUAAUACAACA